GUGAUGCCCCUCGCGAGCAAGCAGUGGGGCUACGGCCAGGCCGAGAUCGUCGCCACCGCGCUCACCAGGGCCUCCGAGCAGGCGCUGGAUGGCACCCUCGAGGUGUGCCUGCCGCCCGAGGCGGCGGCCGCCUCGGAGCCGCUCCGGCAGGAGCUGCAAGACUGCCUGGCCGGCUUCCUGGCGUCCGGCGUGCUGCAGGGCGGCGGCCCGGCGCAGCCCGGCGAGGGCGCCCCGCCGGCGGAGGCCGAGGGCGGCGCGCCCGCGGGCGGCGCGCCCGCGGGCGGCGAGGGCGGCCCGGCCGAGGGCGGCGCGGCCGCGGGGGGCGAGGGCCCGCCAGCG